GCGGGAGGAGCCGGCGGACAUUUCGGGACCCUUCCCGCCGCCUCGCUCAGCCGCCGCCCCCUUCCCUCACUCCGUGUAACCUGGCGGGGUCAUCUCGGCCGUUCGGCCUCCUGUCAAAGGUCGGAGGGGUUAUUUCAAAGCGAAGGAACAUCACAACAACUUCAUCCAUCUCUCUCUACAUGUGUAUCUGAAAUGUGUACAUGCGACAGCGAGGGUUAUUCUGUGCCUUCCUUAAAAUGCAAAUAAAAGGUUGCCUCUUGAAACAUUUCAGCCAUGACUAAAAGAGAAGCAGAAGAACUGAUAGAAAUAGAAAUUGAUGGAACAGAGAAACAAGAGUGCACUGAAGAAAGCAUUGUUGAGCAAACUUACACCACUGCAGAAUUUGUGAGUCAGGCUAUUGAUAUCAAUGAACCGGUUGGAAAUCUUAAGAAACUACUGGAACCAAGACUUCAAUGUUCUUUGGAAGCACAUGAAAUCUGCCUACAGGAUAUACAGCUGGAUCCAGAUCGUAGUCUUUUUGAUCAAGGUGUCAAGACAGAUGGAACAGUGCAGCUUAGUGUCCAAGUAAUAUCAAGGCAAGGAAUAGAACCAAAGUUAAACAUCCUUGAAAUUGUAAAGCCAGUAGAAACUGUUGAGGUCGUGAUUGAUCCAGAUGCCCACCAUACGGAAACUGAGGCACACCUUGUUGAAGAAGCUCAAGUGAUAACACUGGAUGGAACGAAACAUAUUACCACCAUCUCUGAUGAAACAUCUGAACAAGUAACUCGUUGGGCUGCAGCAUUAGAAGGCUACCGAAAAGAGCAGGAACGCCUAGGAAUACCCUAUGAUCCAGUACAGUGGUCAACUGACCAGGUACUGCACUGGGUAGUAUGGGUGAUGAAGGAGUUCAGCAUGACAGACAUAGAUCUCAAUACUCUUAGCAUUCCUGGGAGAGAGUUGUGCAGCCUCAGUCAAGAGGACUUCUUCCAGAGGGUCCCUCGGGGAGAAAUCCUUUGGAGCCACCUGGAACUUCUUCGAAAAUAUGUGCUGGCUAGCCAAGAACACUCUGGAGAAAUAGCUACAGUUACUAUUGAUCAACCUGUGCAGAUUAUUCCAGCAUCUGUACAGCCGGCUACUCCAACCACUAUUAAAGUCAUCAACAGCAGUGCAAAGACAGCAAAAGUGCAGAGAGCACCAAGGAUUUCUGGAGAAGAUAGAAGUUCACCUGGGAACAGAACAGGAAACAAUGGCCAGAUCCAACUCUGGCAAUUUUUGCUUGAGCUUCUGACUGACAAAGAUGCUCGAGACUGCAUUUCAUGGGUUGGUGAUGAAGGAGAGUUCAAACUAAAUCAACCAGAACUAGUUGCACAGAAAUGGGGACAACGUAAAAAUAAGCCUACUAUGAACUAUGAGAAACUCAGCCGUGCUUUACGGUAUUACUACGAUGGAGACAUGAUCUGCAAAGUGCAAGGCAAGAGGUUUGUAUACAAAUUUGUCUGUGACUUGAAGACUCUCAUUGGGUAUAGCGCAGCAGAGUUGAACCGGUUGGUCACAGAGUGUGAACAAAAGAAACUGGCCAAGAUGCAACUCCAUGGUAUUGCACAGCCCGUCACAGCAGUUGCACUGGCUACGGCAUCUCUGCAAACAGAAAAAGAUAACUGAGUACCAGGACCUAAAAGCUUGGGAGCAUGAGGCCUUUCUUGUAUAUCGAGCAGUUUCUGGUCCUAAAAUGGGAGCUACUUCAUUCCUUGGCAGUUCAAUAUGAUGCAUGGUUUUUCUACGGAGAACUGAGACUCCCAUAAAUUUGGAUCUUUUUCACGUAAAGGUAUAUAUUUCAUGUAUGUUAAAGGCACUCCAGAUUCUUCAGCAUGAAGACAGACAUGAUGUGACAAGUUGCUGGAUCGGUAAGAGAGCUCAAAAUUGGUUGGUGCCAUGUUAUGCCAUACUCACAAUUUGUCCAGCGUUUUGAGAAAUUGAAGCAUAUUUACACGAUGUGAACCUGUCAAUAUUCUGAAUUUAGUUCUCUGCACUUCCAUUUCUAAGCUACCAAAUUAAAAGUAAUGUAUUUCCAGAGGUAAGGCAGCUACUCUUAACCAUGCUCAUUAUCUAAGCAUGUCAGGCUGUAAAAAACACACUGAAAAGUACCGUGCUCCUAAGAUGAUUUCUCAUCGCAAAAGAAGUGUACUAUAGGCAGAAUUGGGAGAUCACUGCUAAAGAGAAAUCCAAAUUUAAGUCCAGCAAGGUCAAAAACCAAUUAUGAGUAUUUUGAUAAAAUAUGUAGAUAACGUGUAUUUGAGGGAAAGUGCUCAACUAUCUUGAGAGACAUUGCUAAGCUUAAUGUCUGGCACAAAAAAAGUUUUCCACAUUUUUCCUAUUACGAGAUUAAAAACUUGAAAUGCUGUCUCUCAUCCAAAGAAUAGGUUUUGCUUUGUUUUAAUCUACACUGCAGAGUAUAUCAGCUGAUUCUGCGUAUACUUGCAGUGUAGCUGACUUUGAUCUGAAGACUUAAGUUAAUCACAGAGAGAAGCCCCUACCUGUUGAGAAAUAAAAUGUAAUCUGCAGGUAAAUUGAUAAGAAAAGAAGUUUGACUUCUCAAUGUUAUAUAGACCUCUGUAUUAAGAUACAGAAAAAUGCAGUUUUCUUUAAAUUCCUUAAAUUUCCAAGUUGUUGUUAUGAUGCUUUGGAAAGAAAAGGGUGUGUAUCACUCAUAGUUAAUUAACAUUUUUAAAAAGAUAACCAAAUUAAAUCUAGAUAAGCUUAUGCUAUUUUUCUUUGCCUUCCCUUUGUUUGGUAUAAAUAUCCCUUUGUUCUGAAUGUAGGCUUUUUGUUGAAUCAUCACAAUUAAAAGAACAAACUCGUCUGAAGUUGUGGUUUCACUUAACAAUCAGUGAAAGUGCAGAUGUUAAACAGGGCCUUCAUCUGUAAGAGCAAAUCACUCAGAGCUGAAAAACAGGCUUACGGUAAAAAGCACUGAACAUAAAAUGUAGCUUAGUCUUGGGAAUGUAAGAUAGUAGCUGUAGUUGCAGCUCGACUCAUUUGCUUAUUUUCAGACUGCUUAGAAACGUAGAAGAUAUUCUGGUAUUUAAACAUCAUUAGGCAAAGAAAGUGUUUAAACCUUUGGGUGACAUUUAAUGUUUCUGAUGGCCGGUUAAGUCCAUUGACUCCAGUGGGACUUGUAUUUAACAUUACAGGAUUGCAGUUUAAGUUACACUAAUAUUUUAUGCUGUUAGUCAAGCUGGUUAAGAAUAUGUUUUCUCUCAAAGUCUGAAUGAUAAUUAUGUUAAGAGGAAAAAACCCACUUUAAUCAUAUAUCAAGACUUUGAACUCCUAUGCAUCACUGGAGCCAUUAGUCCAUAGCUGGGGUGGGAAGGGGAGGGGAGAGAAGCUGCAUUCCUAAAAAUAUGGGUUUGGACAUUUUAUGUAGUGCUAAGGAAGACAAGCAACAUAACUUCCAUUACUAGUUCAUAUGCAUCUCUUUAAGAUGUGUUUGAAGUGUACAGGCAUCUAAUUUUUCCCUGUAAAAGAAGGCAGCCGGUAAACCUUGGGAUAGAAAAGGGUGACCACAAAUUACAUAUAUUAAUGCUGUCAUAAAUAUACUCUCAGCUAUGCACAUAAUUGCACAUAACAGAAUAAGCCAUAUUAGUAAACAUGGCACAUGGCCUUUUAUUAUAUAUACAUUGGAUUUGUUUUCUGAAUUUUAAAAUUUCAUUAUACUUCGUUUGUAAGUUUGCUGCACUUCUUGUAAUAUUUUCCCCAUGUAUAGAGUACUGAUGUGUUUUAAAAACAGUACAUACGUGUCAGAUUUAUUGUGGGGACAAUCUGUGACUAAUCGAGGUCUUCAGUAAGGUAUGGAUUAUUGUAUGUCAAAUAGCAUUGUGUGGCUGUCAGAAGAAAAAUAUAGAAGGUAUAUUCCCAAUUUUUUGUAAAAUGGAGGGGGUUUUGCAUACAUUUUUACUCUUUAAGGACACAUAUUCUGCUAAUUAUGUAUUUCUUUUGUGUUGAAUUUUACAUAAAACAAUUAUUUUCUAUUUUUACUCUAAAAUAUUUGUGCAUAAAAUUGUCAAUAUAGUAAAGAAAAUAAAAUUUUACACAACAAAA